CGCAACUCGUUUGCAUUGAGAGGCCCAAAACAAUAGUAUUAAGAUAGGGUUGGAUACAUGCUUCUUUUAGAAGCGCAUGCUCACGGGGUCAAAAAGCGGGACCAUGGUUGUAAAAAUUGCUAUAUUAAGGAAUAUUUGAUUUAGAUCCAGCAACAGUCAACAUUAUAAGCUAAUUCACUUUUUUUUUACCAGUAUCUAGGUGUACAUUUUAAUCCUGUGGUUCAUUUUAACACGACUGCUCGUUUAUAAGGGGUAACUAAUGGGAAUGUAACACAUGUGUAAGUGAAAAUAACCUAUUUUCAUGAUGCCAUAACCGUAAUAUUGUUUCUUUUGCUUCCAGGUACACAGUCUAUAGCCCGUAACCCAAUGCAAAAUCAGUUGGUGGAGGAGAGUCCGUAUGGAGAACCAGUUGAUGCUAUACGAGUGAGAAGCGUAAUUCACACAUCUGCAAGCAAUGCUUUUUAUGCCACCGUGGAAGAGACUGGGUACAAACCGGUAAUCACUUCUAACCAAGUACAACAACCACCACGUGACGAGACAUCCAGUUCCAAGAAAGUGAAAUCUAACGUGGAACCCGUGUAUGCUAAAGUCAAUAAAAACAAAAAGAAGGAUAAAUCGGCUGAUGUAACACUAAAUCCUCUGUAUGAUGACAUACCAGCUGACUUGUCCAAUCCAAAACAUCCUUCAAGUUUGUUAAUAUAAACCAUCAAGAUCCAAAAACCUCUGAUAACAAAAACAGUAACGAAGAAGAAGAUGGAGUUGACAGCGUUGAUCAGGGAGGAUCUUGGCUGCCUUGGCCGUAUUGACAUUUAUGACCGUAAUUGAUUAUGUAAAUAUUUGAGAAUACGGUAACCCGGCAACUGAAAUUUCCAUUAUAAUUGGAAAUCUAAUUUCCUUCUUUCUUGUAGGCUAACAAUAAACAAGAAAUGAAACUUUAAA